GAAAAGCGACGCCGUGCUGCGGAUAGGGAGACCUGCCCGGCAGAGCAGUGGACUGGAGCAGUGGGGACUCCUCGUGCAGAAGGUUUCUGGGUACUUGGACAUUGAGCUGCUGCAGACAGAAGCGAUCGACAACGUCGUGCGACUGGCGGAGGAUUGGAAAUCUGAGAGGGGUUUAGGGACUGGGUGCGGCAAUGGCGUCAGCUGGGUUGAUGCUGCUGCCGAGCAGCACUGCGGUGGUGAAUUCGGCACCCGCGAGUGCCACAUUGGGUCAGAAAAGCGCCCCAUCGAGCGUCGGAGCGUCGCUUUCGUCGUUCAAUGGAUUCAGGGGUGCCUCUGACUUCUGCUCUUGCGCUCGGUCGAAAGCACCAGCUGCUGUUGGUGUGAGCACCGGGUCUCAGACUGUCAGAGCCUCAUCCGAGGAGAAGGGCAGUGGCUUAGGACGCAGAGAAUUCUUCUCUGCCGCAACCGGUCUGUCUCUCGGGGCUUUUGUCGGAGGCUCUCUAGUCACCGGUGAGGCCAAGGCCGAGGCCGAGCUCGCCGACUGGGAACGCAUUCCGCUGCCAGUGGACCGUGGAGUCGUCUUGCUCGACCUUGCCUUCGUCCCUGAUGAACCGGAUCACGGGUUCUUGCUGGGUACCCGUCAAACUCUUUUGGAGACCAAGGAUGGCGGUAAGACAUGGUUACCUCGCUCUAUUCCAACCGGUCCCGAUGAAGAGUUCAACUACAGGCUCAAUUCUAUCAGCUUCCUGGGCAAGGAGGGGUGGAUUAGCGGAAAGCCAGCCAUCCUUCUUCACACAACCAAUUCGGGAGAGAGCUGGGAGCGUGUUCCACUCAGCCCGAGGCUGCCGGGAAACCCAGUUAUUGUAAAAGCCACAGGUGAGGACAGUGCCGAGAUGGUAACAGACGAGGGUGCAAUCUACGUCUCAUCCAACGGUGGCAAGAACUGGAGGGCAGCUAUCGAGGAAACUCUCUCUGCAACGCUCAAUCGUGGUUCAUCAAGUCAAAUUAGUGGAGCAAGUUACUACACUGGAACCUUGGGCUCCAUCAAUCGCUCCUCAGAUGGCACAUACGUCGGUGUUUCCAGCCGUGGUAACUUUUACGUCACCUGGGAGCCAGGCCAGAGGAAUUGGCAGCCACACAACAGGACAAGUGCUCGAAGAAUCCAAAACAUGGGUUGGAGAGCAGAUGGAGGCCUAUGGCUCGUUGUCCGAGGAGGAGGGCUCUACUUCAGCAAAGGCUCAGGGGCCACUGAAGACUUUGAGGAGGCCAAAAUCACCAGCAGAGGUUUUGGUAUUUUAGAUGUUGGCUACCGAACUAAGGAUGAGGCAUGGGCAACAGGAGGCAGUGGAACUUUGCUCAGGUCCCUGGACGGAGGCAAAUCAUGGGUCCGUGACAAGGCAGCUGACAGUAUUGGAGCAAACUUGUACUCUGUAAAAUUUGUUGACGAGAAGAAAGGAUUCGUUAUCGGUAACGAUGGUGUUUUACUUCGCUACUUGGGCUAAAAGACAGCCGUGUAUCUAGAAAGUCCUCAUAUUCAGGCGUUUAGGUUCCUGCUUUUUCCAAAUUCAACUCUCAAGCACGUGUAUUUUGAUUAUUAGUCGAGGCGAAGCUUUGUUGACGCGAUCUGGAGUCGAAAUUUCUUAAGCACUGCGUUUGUAACAUCAUAGCAUUCGGAGCGGUCUGCCGAGCAACACAAUGUAGAUUAGGUGGCAAAUUCUUUGUAGAACUAUCCGUAGCUUGGAACUCACCUUUGAGUUGCUCUGGAGACGUUCCCAACAGUUGUACACAAUAAAUCCCGCAGUAAGCUUCCUUACACUACUCCGACCUGAUCUGUCGGUUUGGUCACAGAACCCAAUCUGCUGGUUCUUGCACUCUAUCCACUUCUGGUUU